AUGCAUUCGUAUUUGACUUACCACCUACUCAUAAUCUCAUUACAAGUGUGUCUCAGCCAAGUGGUGCGGCCCGAUGUUGCCAAUGUGGUGCCGUUUGCACCCGCAACGCCACCAAUCCCAGCGAUAUGUGCUGACAGAUCCGCUGCCGCCGUUCCACCGCUCCAAUCAAAUGCACUGCGUUUUCGUUUACCAUUUAUGGAUAUGAGAAUAGAAAAUGAACGAAAUUUGCAUGUAAUGCAUGAAAUUGCCACACAGCGGCUUUUUGUUUUGCACGGCCGGGAAUUGUACGAAUUGAUUGUAAGUGGCCAGGAGAAACGUUUGUCCCUAAUUGGCGCGCUGGCAGGCAGUGUAAGGCAACAGGAGCCCAUAGCAGCAGAGGUAAUUUUUUGGCGUAAAUAUUUGCUGUUGGUGAUCGCUUUGGAAGACUUUCUGGAGAUUUAUCAAUUGCCUGCUGGCUUGUUGGCGCAAAAUGCUGAGGCAGCAAAGUUGGGUCAAGUAGGCAUCGAUACAAUAACAAAUUUCGAGCCAAUACAACAACUUAUGCUAAACGGUAGAUUUCGUAAGCUGUUUCUGAUCAAUGUAGCCGACGAACGUGUUAUGCUUUUAACGGCGGUUAACUAUACUAAGCUGCAAUCGAAAUUGCGAACUUAUGAGUGGUCGAAUACAUUUUUCGACAUGGUGGAGGAGCUCACAUUACCGGCUAUUCAUGUGUUGGAAGUCAUUGGCACGGCGCCAAAAUUUUUGCUAAGUGGACGUCUUAUCAAACAUCAAGGCCGGACCAUUAUCGUUGUAUACGAAAUACAUGCCAACGAUUUGCAUUUACGUAAUCGCCAAACUCUCACCAUACCCUCACGCACCAUACACGCAUUCACGUACCGUGGCCGCAAUUAUCUCAUCGGUUGUACGGCGCAGCAACAGAAGUGCAACUUAUUUCACAUGAAGCGGCAAGAAGCACAAUUCUCGAUAUUUCGUCAAUUCAACGGUAAAGAUUUGACAUUUGAUCGUUUCGCAGCGGGUGCACACUUUUUGGUGGGUGCCCAUCAACGGACUGUGAAUAUUUAUCCAACUUCACGGCUGGACUGCUAUGCCAGCUUUAGCGCCAACGAAAGCGACAUCACUGAGAUAGUAACGCACGUGAGCCCACAGGAUGGCUCCUUUGUGCUGCUCAAUUAUCGGCGUCCUUUUCAUACUUUGUUACGCAUUGUAGAAGUUGAAGCGGCGGAUGGACAACGACUAGGUGCUGCGUCUGCGGCGUUAAAUGACACUGGAAUGGAAGAUUUAAGUGACUUACAACAACAUCGCCACCUAUUCGAAGGAACUGUAGAACGUUUGCGAAGCUUGCUAUUACAACGCAAGUUAGCUAUGGAUGUCUUCCGUAGAGCUGCUGCCAUCGUGCGACCUAAACUGCAGCGAUUUAAUGCGCCAAAUCCAGUGCGUUUGCAUGCGGGUAACAUUGGAAUUGUAAGAAUUUUGGGUGAGACACUACAGAGUCCAGUACAGCUGAUGAGACGUGUGGAGGCCAUCCGUAUGCCAAGACGUAGCUUGCGUUUUACGCGCGAGGUAUUUCAAAGUAACGGUUUUGUGUUGGAUAUGCCGCGUAUUGCUAAGAUUCGACAGUUACAAGUCGGUAACCUCCACUACAAUGGCACACUUCUACCUGGUUUCCACUUGGAUAAUAGCUCGAGUAGCCGCCUUCCCACGCUCUCGAUACGCUCUGCCGUCCGCACCAAAAUUUUGAGCACACCGCAGCUAUUAACGCGUCACUCAUCGCGCCUAUUUCGCCAAAAUGCCAACGCAUCUGUCGAUUUACCUAUUCGGGUGCGUGAUCUGAAUGUGGCACGUAUUAAUGAUGUUUCCGUUUCGGAUUUUUUGAAUUCGUUAUUUUUACGUAAUCGUGAUCGUAAGUUAAAGGGUAGUCUGAUAUUGCAAGGCGAGACAAGAGUGGAUGCACUUUGGACACCUUUACUGAAUAAUUUAGUUGUUGCAAAACUUUUCAACCUAAAAGAGCCACAAAUUGUGAGUUCGAGAUUUCUGAUAAAUUCAAUAACUGCAAAGGACGUGCAGGUGGAAUUGGUGAAUGGCUUGCAUUUUGAAGAGGAUGUGGCGUUCAGCGGCCGUGAUGACGUAAUUGAAACUCCUGUGGAAAUACGACAAAUGAGUAUCGCGGGCGACUUACUGGUAGACUACAAACCGAGGAUGGAGCGUGACAUAGCUGAUGAAGAUUCACAAUUUCAGCAAUUCUACACCGGUAAAGUUAUCAUCAAAGGCUCCUUGACGGUGGAUAAUUUAAUGCGUGAGAAUAAAAUGGCGACUGCGGUCUUUGUGAAUGGUCUGCCCUUCUCUGAGACGAUGCUGAAGGAGAUCUAUUUAUUGCAUAAUGCAACACAGACUUUCAACACACCCGUGAAGUUUGGCAACGCUAAAGUCACCACGCCACGAUUCACCACCAACCGUUUAGAUGGUCAUCCUACCAUGCAACACUUACUCACCACUGGUCAUUCGCCGCUCGAUAGUCCAUUGCUGCUCAUAUUUAUGCGGGCCAGGGUGGAUGGCGAUUUGAUAUGUAAAUCAUAUAAGUCGAAGCUACUCGAAUUAGCCACAGAUGCAGUGCGUCAUGGUGAUUCAGCCAACAUAACCGGUACGAAGACUUUCCGCGCGCCACUUACUGUCGAUCAUCUAAUUACCGACAAGCUGAAUAACGUAACAGCCGAUGAGUUGAUUCUGAAGUCAGAGCUGCUGCAUGAGCUACAUUUUAAAGGCAACAAAUCCUGCAACAAAUUGGUGGUCACCGGCAAGGCAAUCGUAGAAGACCGCCUCCAUAGCACUUUUGUGAAUGAUGCGCAUGAAAAGACGCCAAUGCAGCGUGAUUAUUUUAUCAAGCAUUUGCAUUUGCCCUAUCACUUGCAAGCUAACAACAUUGUUGUACAAAAGAUCAAUGGCCUUGCCUUCGAUCAGAUUUUUGAUAGACUUUCCGUGGUGAAUGAACAGUUGGUGUUGCGCAAGGAUCUGCUGGUCAAAGGAAAUGUGCAAUUUAUUGAGAAUCUGCAAGUGAACAAAAUAAAUAAUAUAUCUUGGCCAGAUUAUGUGAAAAACUUGGUGCGUUUAAAUGAGAAUGCCGUAGUAAAUGGUACCGCAUGCUUCCUGCAGGGUCUCACGGUCAAGAAUGCACUACACACGCCACUGAUCAACAGCGUUAUUAUGGAAGAUGUCUUCAGUAAUGUGCUCUUAAAAUCGAAACCGCAGCGCAUAACUGGCCACUAUACAUUUGGCAGCUUACGCUUGACGAAUCUGGAUGUUGGAAUCAUUAAUGAUAUAGCCACAGAUACUUUUAUAGACACGCGCACAGAAAACCUUACUUUGCAUGGCGAUUUUAUAGUACCAAAAUUAACGGUACACGGCAAUUUAGUUGGCAAUUUCGAGAAUACUUUCCAAUUCGCGACACUCAACGAGCAGUUGCAACAGCUAACACAACGACGCUGGCGAAAUUUAGUGGUGCACGGCAAUGCUUACUGGAAUGAUACAGCGAUACGCAGCAGCAGCAUCAGUACGAAACAAUACGAACAAUUGCAAUAUUUGUACCGACACGCGGUGCGACGCAGUGGUGAUCAGGCGAUUUCUGGCACCGUAUACAUGACACAACCGCUAAUUAGUAGAAUGCGCACGCGCACCACAUUCCCCAAUGGUGUGGACCUUGCGCACAUAGCGCGUGAUUGCCUAUUGAAGAACACAACAGCGCCGCAGACGAUAGUAGGCGCGAAAUUGUUUCACAAACCCUUACGACUGCAGCGCGCUUUGGUUGAGGGUCCGCUGGCGAUUACUACACUUAACGCGGUAGAUGUGCAACUCUUCCAUGCGUCUCUCUACCGGCGCUCGAGCGGCGUGCCUAUUGGCGGACCUUUAUACUUCAAGGUAGCACCCAUUAUUGGACAACUGAUUGUGCAAGGUCAAGUGAAUGGCAUGCCAACGUCACAGGUUUAUACGCCAGCAAGGGGUGCGUUGCCACCCGUAAGGGUGCAUAAUUUGGUGAUCGAUGACGCGCUGCAGAUCGGCGAUAUUAAUGGGCAGAGCUUUGAUUAUUUGCUGAAAAAUAGAAUCAAGCUAAAUGGUGAGCCACAAGAAGUGCAAGGCUACCUGAUAUUCGAACACCUGGUGACCAACAACGAAACGCUACUGCAGUCCAUCAAUGGCGUGCCGAUCGAUGAUUUGAUAUACAAGAAAAGCGAUCAACUGCAAGUGAUCGCCGGUCAAAAGUUGAUUGAUGGUAAUCUAAUCUUCAAUGGGCCCUCGCAUGUGACGCGUUUGAAUGGGCAACGGCUGGUGGACGCAUAUCAGCAAAGUAUUUUCACUACGGCGAACUAUCAUUUCGAUAAUCUUACCAUAGAUCAAGGUAUAUUUGUGAAGGGCUUAGUGCUUGUUGCCGAUAUGCCGCUGCACGCUAGAGGGCGCACGUUAUCUAAUAGUACUGCAGACCGCACCGAAGACGAGGAGCCGGCGCUAGAUGAAGCGAACUUACUUGAGGAGCAUACCAAUCAGCUGGCAGGCGACGACGCUUUCCGCGAACAGCUAACAAUUGCCGUUAAUCAGCUGAGCAAUCUACUGAGCGCGCGGAAUGCCACCAGUUUGCUGGCUGAUGAGCAAAACGCACAUUUGCUAUACCUCGACUUUGACUUCGAUACACAGGUACUGCGGCAGUAUGCUAACGAAAGUGUAGAUGAGACCUUCCUCUACGAACAGCGGCAUGUAACGCCCUGCGAGCAUCGGUUUCUACAAGUGCAAUCUGCGCUACACAACCGUCGUCUCUAUACAAAUGUUACCACGAGUUUUUUGUACGCCAACGCUGGCGCGAUAUCGGCGAAGGCACAAAACUAUUGCGGCGAUCGUUUUAAGAUAAAGAGUAAAAUUACCGUUAACGGCUUGAAAGUAGCAAAAGUAUUUGGCAUGCGAAAAUAUAUUGAGAGCAUUGAAUUAUUUGUGGAUGCUAAUCAUACCUACCUGCUGUUGCAUGCCAUCGAUGAGGCGCGCAAUCGCAAUGAAGUGCGCGUGCUGCGUAUUGAUGAUGCGCUCGACGAAGUUAAAGAUUGGCAAACCAUACCUUUUGGCAUAGGCAAGUCAGUGCAACUCUACCAGCUGGAUAACUUAACGGUGUUGGCUAGCGCUGCUUUGGUAGGCAAUCAACAAGCUGUCAGCAUUUACCAUUUCAUGCCACAGACGGCGCACUUUAAACUCGCGCAAGUCAUCGAUGGUCCCUAUGAUGUUAUGGCGCUGGUAGCUGUAGAACCGCAUCACUAUCAAUUGUUGCUGAGUUGCCAUAAAUGUCAGCAUGUGAAUGUUUAUGAUUUGAGUAGCACGCCAAUGGAUCCGUAUAAACUUUUCCAGCUCAUUAAGUUGCCAAUACGCGUUGAUAAGUUGCACCCGUUCGCGAUGAGCGAUGGCGAACAAUUUCUGUUGAUUUUGGGCGAGCAGCAACAGGAUUUUUACCAUUUGUACAAAUAUGCCUCCAUACAGGGUUGGUUGCACAGUUCCGUCGGCUAUUUCCGCAAUAUACAAUUGGCUGUGCCGUUGAGUGAGAAGUUGGCGCAAUCGAAGGAUACUGAUUUGUUGUUGCUGUUGUUGUGCGGUGGCGGCGAAAUGGAAAGAUGCAGUGUGGUGCGCGCUAUUACGCAGAUAUGA